AUGACUGUGGAGUCCCGCUACCUAAGAGAUUUCCAGAGGCAUAAACCGCCUUCCUUUGACGGAGGCAAGGUGGAUCCCAUCGCCGCUGAGAAUUGGCUAGAGGCCAUUGAAACGGUCUUUCAUUUUAUGAACUGCCUGCAAAAGUAUCAAGUCCAUUGUGGGACGCAUAUGCUGAACGGAGAGGCGCACUUCUGGUGGAAGGGUGCUCAGAAGACCAUUAUACCACAAGGAGAGUUUAUUACCUGGUGCCAGUUUAAAGAUGCUUAUCUCCACAAAUAUUACCCAAUCACUGCCAGAGUGAAAAUGCAGACAUCAUUCCUCGAACGGAAACAGGGAGACAGGUCAGUGGAGGAAUAUGACUUACCGUUCAAUAGGCUGGUAAAGUUUUCUCAAGCCUAUGUUAGUUCUUAUGAGUUGAAGGUCGAACAAUUUAUUGCUGGCCUGAGGGACGGACUGAAGGAGAAUGUGGCAUCCCAGUCAUCCUUCGUCAAUGCGAAAGCCCUUCAUGUGGCGACCCUGCUCGACGCGUCCCGCACUGACAAGCUACAGUUAGGAACAGCACAAUCAUCCCACACUGCAGCCAAGGGAAAGGGGACAGAUCGUAGCCACCCCAGAACUGGUAGACUGCCCCGUGGCCGCACUUAUAAAUGA